ACGACGACGACGAAUCACGCGCCACUUCAAUUGUAAAGCUGCCUGGAACCCUUCUUCCCGCUCUGUGAUUCCUCGAUUCUUCAGAUGAUGGAGAUUUCUUCCUUCUCCACCAGCUCAAGGCGAUGCUGGCUUCCUUCCUCAGCUUCAGCUAUAGAUAUGGUGCUGCUCAAGAAAGUUGGUGUCUCUCAAAGCUAUCCAGGUUCUGUGUCCAUGUUUGCUGGUAAAAGCAGAUUUCAGCCUUCACUAAAUCAAAGUGUAUUUAUAAGGCGUAAGAAAUACCAUGUUCAGGUGUUAUGCAGCCAGAAGAAAGAAAUUCCUAUAGUAGAGGCUUGGUCCAUGGAUGAAGUAUAUGAUACUUUAGCUGAACGUGUGGUGCCAACUGCUGCUUCAGGAACAAAUACCAGUAUGACGCAUAUUGUGGGUUUAGCUGGCCCUCCUGGUGCUGGAAAGACCACUGUUGCUUCAGAGAUCGCUAAGCGUGUAAACAAGAUAUGGCCUCAAAAAUCAUGUUCCUUCGAUUCUCAGGUUGAACCUCCGGAAAUUGCUGUAGUCCUUCCCAUGGAUGGUUUCCAUCUUUAUCGCCACCAGCUGGAUUCAAUGGAGGAUCCGAAGGAAGCCCACGCAAGAAGGGGAGCUCCGUGGACAUUUAAUCCUGAUUUACUCUUAAAAUGUCUGAAGACCCUGAGGAAUCAGGGGUCGGUUUAUGCUCCAUCUUUUGACCAUGGUGUUGGAGACCCAGUUGAAGACGAUAUCUUCGUAAAUGUUCAGCACAAAGUUGUGAUAGUUGAAGGCAAUUAUUUACUCCUAGAAGACGAUACUUGGAAAGAAAUAGCAUCAAUGUUAGACGAGAAAUGGUUCAUUGAUCUUGACAUUGAUGUAGCAAUGGAACGARUUCUGAAGAGACAUAUAUCAACCGGUAAUACCCUAGAGAUCGCCAAACAACGGAUCAAAUACAAUGACAGGCCGAAUGCGGAACUUGUCUUGAAGUCAAAGAAACACGCGGAUUUGAUAAUCAAAUCGGUUAGUCUUUGAAGGUCAAACUCACGAUUAAAGUUUCGUGAAAACGAAUAAAAAGAACAAUUGCAAAUUCUAGAUGAAAUCAAGAGACAACAACAGGAGGAAGGAAAUCAAAGGUGAGUUGAAGUAUUGUCUGUUUCUUCUCAGGUAAUGCAAAAUAAAAUGUUUUUUUUUUGUUCUCCCAAAUUUCUGGGACUGGGGGAUUAUUUGUGGUAGGCCAUAAUUAUGAUCUGUUGACACCCUUUUGUUUCUUGUCUUUUUGGUAUACUUUUGGGGUUGCUAGAAAAUAGUAUUUUGUGCAACCUGGGUCUUUAUGAGUGUGUCUGUUAUGUGGGACUCAAUAGAAGUAAAACUUGGUGUGACAUUAGACUUUAGACCAGACAAAACUGAGUGAUGGGAGUUCAUCUGUCCUUGAAUAAAUGUUUAAGUUUCUUUUUUA